AUCUUAGCAAGUUUAAAGUUACUCCACUGGUGAUUUCUCGGACUUUGUUUUUUGAAAUUCCCUUUUUUUUUUGUGUCUGUGCUCGCUAACCUUUGUCCUCUUUUUUUUUAAAGCUAUCAUGUUAUCGCGUAUAGGGCUACUAGUGAUAGGCGUGAUAUUUCACAUAGUAUACUUAUUUAGUAUAUUUGACAUAUACUUUACUUCUCCUAUUGUUCAUGGGAUGACGCCUCACAAAAGUCCUUUGACACCUGCUGCUGAUCGACUCGUCUUGUUUGUAGGUGAUGGUCUAAGAGCUGAUAAGCUAUUUGAAUUGGACACCCAAGGCGAAACAAGAGCACCUUAUUUACGCCAAAUCAUGAAAGAAAAAGGUACCUGGGGCGUUUCUCAUACCCGCGUUCCUACAGAAUCGAGGCCUGGUCAUGUAGCCAUUAUUGCUGGUUUUUAUGAAGAUGUGAGUGCUGUGACAACAGGUUGGUCCAUGAAUCCUGUUAACUUUGACUCUGUCUUUAACCAGUCUGAGCAUACAUGGUCUUUUGGUUCCCCUGAUAUUUUGCCUAUGUUCCAACAUGGCGCUAGUGACCCCAAGAAGGUAGAGACAUUCAUGUACCCUCCUGAAUAUGAAGAUUUCUCUGGAGAGGCUUCAAAACUAGAUGUCUGGGUAUUUGAUCAUGUCAAAGAACUCUUUUCGAAUGCGACAGUGGAUUCAGUGUUAAACAGCAAAUUGAGACAGAAGAAGAUUGUUUUCUUUCUUCAUCUACUUGGGUUAGACACAAAUGGACAUGCUUUUAGACCCAUGUCAAAAGAAUACUUGAAUAACAUCAAGUUAGUGGAUCAAGGAGUGAAAGAAAUGGUUCAGCUUAUUGAAGAGUUUUAUGGAAAUGAUGGUCGCACAAGCUAUGUCUUUACUGCAGACCAUGGUAUGAACAACAGAGGCGGACAUGGUGAUGGACACCCUGACUGUACUCGUACGCCUGUCAUUGCUUGGGGUGCUGGUAUCAGAGAGCCUUUGAUGUCUGGUAUUGGCCAUGAUACAUUCUCAGAAGCAUGGGGACUAUUAGACAUUCAACGUGACGAUAUCCUUCAGGCUGACAUUGCUCCUUUGAUGGCACAUCUUGUUGGUAUUGAUCUUCCUGUGAAUUCAGUGGGUGAGCUUCCUUUGAGCUAUUUGAAGGCUGAUGAAAGAACAAAGGCUGAGGCAGUCUUUGCUAAUGCUCGACAAAUGUUGGAACAAUACCAGGUCAAACACCAUGAAAAAGAACAAAGUGAGCUGUUUUUUAGACCUUUUAGUCAACUAUCUGGUGCUAAUGAUCCUAUUCUACUUGUGUCUGAAAUACAAACAUUGAUCCAUGACAAGAACUUUGUGCGUGCUCAAGAGAAAUCCAAGGAACUCAUGUCGCUCUGCCUGAAUGGCUUACGUUACUUUCAGACAUAUGAUUGGUUGUUCUUAAGAAGUAUUGUCACCAUAGGCUAUGUUGGCUGGUGUGUGUACUGCCUUCAGUUUGUGAUCCGAAACUUUGUUAUUUCAUCUCAAAACACAAUCUCACUUAGAACCCGUCUUUUGAUUGAUAUUUUCUCUGCGAUCGUUCUCUCUGGUUUAUACACUAUGCUUUGGCUUCAAAAGAUGCCCACCAUGUAUUAUGCCUAUGUCUUUUUCCCUGUCUAUUUCUGGAAUCAAGUGUUGCAAAACUACCGAUUUGUGCUCGAAGCUUUACGCAUAAGUUUUAUGCAUGGUGUUGGUAAAUCUAUUGGUUUGAUGAUCAUCUCCUUGUUGUUCUUGGAAGCCUUGGUGUUCAGUUUCUUUUAUCGAAGUAUUCUUAGUGCUAUCUUUGUCGUUUUAGCAGCUUGGCCAAUCAUGAUGCCAAGAGGGGUUCGCCGAGAACACAAAUUUCUCCUUUUGGCUUGGAGUGUAUCAUGCAUCUGCACUAGUGUGUUUACUUUAUUGCCUGUAGAAAAAGAACAAGAUAUCAAUAUGGUUGUUGUUGGUGGUGUAGCGGGUGUCUUGGAAGGUGGUUUUGUACUUGCAAGACUCAAGGCACACAGUCGAGUGAAUAACAAGUUGUUUAUCAGCAUGGUUAUUCAGUUGCUUGUGAAUACUUUGAGUAUUGUGCUUGUUUAUCAUACUUCAAUGAGUCUUAACAAUCGUGAAGGUCUUCCUGUCUUCAACCAGUAUGCUAAUUGGACUGUGAUUGGUCUAUCAAGUAUCUUUCCAUUUGUUUACAAAGGAAAAUCAUAUGAUGACUAUUUGGCAAGAUUGCUUGUCAUCUGCUUUGCAUUCACACCUCUCAUGACUUUGUUGAGUAUAUCUUGUGAACUCUUUUUCUAUGUCUGCUUUUGCACUACUGUUCUCUUAUGGUUGGAAGUAGAACGUUCCUUGUACAGAAACACUACUCGUGGAUUCCCCAGUCGUUCUCUAAGAGCAAGCGAUGGACGUGCUGUUCUUUUGUUCUUGUUCUUUAUCUGUGUUGCCUUCUUUGGUACUGGCAAUGUUGCUUCUUUGAGUAGUUUUUCAUUAGAAAGUGUCUAUCGAUUUACUACUUUGUUUGAUCCUUUCUUAAUGGGGGCUUUGCUUAUUGUUAAGGUGUUGAUCCCUUUCUUUGUAGCAUCCUCUGUGCUUGGUAUUCUAAGUUCAAGUGUAGAAUUGGCUCCUUUCACCUUAUUUUUAUCAGUGAUGACAGUGACUGAUGUACAGACAAUCAAUUUUUUCUAUCUAGUGACUGAUUAUGGAAGUUGGCUUGAGAUUGGCACUUCCAUUAGCCAUUUCUGUAUCAGUGAACUCUUUAUCAUCUUUACUGUUAUCCUGUUCUUAUUGUCUAGAGUCUUGGUUGGCCAUCUUGUCUUGCCUAAAUUAAACAAAGUAGUGAAUAGAAUGAAGCCCAAGAACGCAUAG